CCGGGUCGCUGCGAGGGGCGCGGGGCGGGGCGAGUCCGGACCACGAGGAGUUCACUCCGGCCUCUGGCGUCCUCCUCCGAUCAGGAGGGUCUCUUUUCACUCCAUCAUUUGCUCGCCGCUGGACGGGUCUUGCGGAGACCGGUGGACGGAGAAGCGUUCUCCGUUUCCUCAGCUCGAGUCGCGGGCCAACACGCUCGCUUCGGAAUAAGGUCGGGCGUCGCGACGCAUCUCUGACCAACCCUUGGGCGAACCGAAGCCAAGCCAGACACGGUCGGACCUCCUCUUCCCUGGCCGAGGCUGCGCGAGAGUGGAACUCGCGCGAGGGUUCACUGUCUUUGCGACCUGAUUGGUAGUUACGCUUUUCGCCCCGGCCAAUUACGAUUUCUCCCGGUUUCUACCAAUCAAAGUUAUCGCUAUUGUUGGAUGGGUGCUGAACAUACUACACCUAUUAAAAGACGCCUUGUGCUCAUCUUUCGGAUUUCCAGUUGAAUUUAAAAUCCAGAGAUUCAACAUCCAUACACGUUACUUUGAGGAAAAUGUUAAAACAAAGGUAACACAUGUUCUUUGCUAGAAUGGUUAUAAAAAAUGAAAAAAAAAAGUGAAACGUAUCGCAGACUUAAACAAAUUAAACCUGAGAUCGAUGAUCAAUUAUGCAAUUGAAUGGAAUAGGAUCAGGAUCAAGGUUCGUACCCUAUAACUCGUAUAAAAGGAGCCCCAAGUGCAGAAUUGAACAUUACACUGUUCGAACUACGUGCAGCGAGAUGUACUCCAUUGUGUUGCCAUUAUUUCUCGGUUGGUAGACAUUUUUUGGACGCAUGCUAACGAAUCAGAACGUUUUAAAAUAUGGUCCGGAGUACACGUAUCAAGUGGACAUCGGCAUGGUCGCGGAAAUGAUACGAGGAGACACCCCGGAAUACUUUGGCUCGAAUUUGAUCGCCAAAUUAAAGUGCCGACCGAAAGGAUCGGACUCUUUGAGUUGCCACACGCAGGACUCGAAAAUGGCGGAAGUGAGCCCACGUGCUUUUGACAUCUCCGAGACGUCGCGCACGUUGGGUGCUUCUUAUUACAAUUAUCACAUGAGUCACGAGCCAUUCGAGGUCAAGUUCGACAAUGCCGGGAUCGAGAGCAUCGUCGUGCAGAAGUCCAUUUCGGCGUGGGACUUGGACAUAAUAAGACUGAUAAUCAAUCAGUUGAAUUUCGGUACGGAUUUAAAGGGCAGGCCAAACGGGACCUUCUCCGCCAUCGAGAACUUUACGAUCGGCGAAUGCGCCGUGGCUUUCAAAGUUGACCAUCAGCGACUCAGUGCGCAAGAUUUGCAAAAAGGCGCCAGCUUCGAGCUGGCAGUCCUGCCAAAUUUUGACAAGUCGACCGGCACGUCUAUCCAGCUGAAAAAAUUCCGAGAUUUGAGUAAAUGCUUUCAACACGCCGAGUACCUCUUUGGGUUCUCUUCGACUUACGGGAUCGUUCCCCACAGCGUUAUCCACGAAAUCACGUCUUCGGUGAGUAACGUCUUCGUCUCCAACCGAAGUUUUACUUCCGAGACCGUCAACGAGUUCGACGUCUUUGACGUGGUCCACAAGGAGAGAGGAAGACUUACGGAUCGAGUGCGCCUUACGCUUCUGACCAUGGAACCUGCAAAAGGGUCAACUCCGAGAAUAUUUGAACCCGUUCACGUGGGAGUGAUCAUGAACAGGCCCGUCAAUUCUUCCGAUUGCUGAGUUCGACGUCUUCACCGAGCGCAAUGUCCUUCGAUCGCUCGGCAAUGUACGACUUUAUAAUAUACGAAUUUAUUACCGUUA